GCUGCGAGCGUAGUACCCGCCAAAAGUUGUCGAGAAUGCUGUGAAAAUUAUCGCGCUCUGUGAAUUUAAAUGUGUUCCUUGACUUUUAAAAAAUGUGUUCGGUGAAAUAUAAAUGCCAAAGGCACAGUUCUAGUGUUCUAGUGAUUCUAUUUUUGGGAUUUAUCUCAAUAAGUUUUGGACAAGACAUAAAAUGUGGUCACCCUCCAGUUCCGUUAAACUCAAGGGUAACGUUAAGUUCCCCAAAAUUAGGGCCAGGUACCGUAGCAACAUAUCAAUGCGACGAAGGAUACGAAACCUUCGGUGAAACUAAAACCACCUGUGCCACUUCCGGUCGGUGGACUGGAGAACCACCAUUUUGUGGAAUCAAUGUGGCCUAUCGACGUCCGUCCAACCAAUCAACCACAGUUAAAGGAGGAUCAGCACUGAAUGCCAACGAUGGAGACAAAAGUACUGAACACGACGGCAAGAGAUGUUCAGAAACUCAAAGGGAAACUAGUCCUUGGUGGCAAGUAGAUUUGCUUAAGCCGUACCCUAUUAAAGUUAUAAGAAUUACCACCAGAGGUUGCUGCGGGCAUCAGCCUCUCCAGGAUCUGGAAAUUAGAGUAGGGAAUAGUAGUAACGAUUUACAAAAGAAUCCUCUAUGCGCUUGGUUUCCGGGUACAAUUGAUGAAGGAGUAUCGAAAACCUUCACGUGUGCCCGAGUGCUAACAGGACAACAUGUGUUUCUUCAGCUGGUCGGCGUUGAAGGGUCAUUAUCGCUUUGCGAGGUUGAAAUUUUCACUUCAAAUGAGUUUUCAUUGGAUAGAUGCGUACCAACAAACUCUCCAGAUGAAACCGAGCUGGCCACCUUUGCUCAAACUUGCUACAAAUUCGAAAUAACUAAAGGUGGGUCAUUUGCAGAUGCAAAAACUUAUUGUCAAAAACAAUACGGCGAAUUGAUACAUUCGAUGAGCCCAAUGCAAACAACGUUUCUGCAUUCAGAAUUAGAUAGAAGAAAAUCAAAAUUGAAAACUCAGUUUGUCUGGAUUGGAGCGCAGAAAGACCCUAGCGUAAUUUCAAGAACGUGGAAGUGGGUAAAUGGUGAACUUGUCCAGCGACCUUCUUGGGGUAAAGACCAACCCAAUAAUUACAAUGGCGAACAAAACUGUGUGGUGUUGGAUGGUGGUCGCCAAUGGCUUUGGAAUGACGUUGGAUGUAAUUUAGACUACUGUCACUGGAUCUGCCAACAUGGUCCAUUUUCGUGUGGUAGUCCUGACAAGCUUAUUAAUACUACUAUCACUGGUACAAAUUAUGAUAUAGGAGCAGCUAUUGAAUAUCAAUGUCCAGAAGGACACAUGCUAGUAGGAAGCGGAAAAAGAAAGUGUGGUAAAGAUGGGCUAUGGACAGGUACAACACCAACUUGCAAAUAUGUUGAUUGUGGUCCCCUGCCCGGCCUAACACACGGUUCAGUGGAUAUAAAAAAUCAAAUAACUACAUACGGAGCCAAAGCCAUUUACACCUGCCACGAAAAUUAUACACUCAUUGGACAUGAAGUACGAACUUGUGGUGAUGAAGGAAAAUGGAGCAAUUCUACACCUCAGUGCUUAUUCGAUUGGUGUCCUGAUCCACCAACGAUUCAUGGAGGCCAUGUAAAAGUAUCGGGGCAUAGAGCAGGUGAUACUGCCCUAUAUACAUGUAGCCCUGGAUAUAUUAUUUUUGGGGAAGAGGUACUAUCGUGUCGUUUGGGUGGUGAAUGGUCCGGUAAAGCACCAACUUGCAAAUAUAUAGACUGUGGUUCCCCUGCCAACAUUGAUAACGGCAAGUACGUUUUAAUUAAUGGUACUACUAGCGUCGAAAGCAUAAUAGAGUACUCUUGCAUCGAUGAUUACUGGAUGAGUGGACAAAAGAAACAAAAAUGUACAAGGGAAGGAAAAUGGUCUGCAGAUGCUCCCUCAUGUGAAUUAAUCACAUGUGAGGAACCUGAAGUACCAGCUGGAAGCUACGUAGUAGGUUAUGAUUUUAACGUCCAUUCAGUUAUCGAGUACCAUUGUGAAGUUGGACACAUAUUAAUAGGCGAACCUACUCACCAAUGUAACAGUAAUGGUGAGUGGUCUGGGUCAACACCAACGUGUGAAUGUAAGUAUUGUGAAUAUUCUUUACGUUGA